AUGCAUUACUUGAAAGCCCUCCUCUUUAUCCUGUUGCACCACCACCUGUCUCUUUCCAGCCGUGCCAUCAGGGCGGGCGUAGAUGUGAAUGAUAGACAGGGCGAGUGCCUGGUGGUGCCCUGUGUCAGCAUCACUCUGCUCGUGCUGAGCGUUGAGGUUGCUGGAGCGGAGCAGAAGAUGAACGCUGCCGCCGGCGGCGCUGCAGAUCCUUCCUCCCCGUCCGCAUCAGCAGCGGACAGCAGUGCAUGGAGGAAGAGGAGGAGGAGGAGGCAGCACGGCUCUUCCCAAGAAGGAACACACAGCCUCCCUCCGAGACACCCGGGCCGGUGCGGCUCCUCCCUGCCUCCGGGAAGAAGCAGAAGCAGCCUGAGCUCCGCGGACGGAAGGGAGAGGGAGCCCGAGAGCCGCGGCGGAGCAGCUGUUCCCCCGGAUGGUGCUGAAGCUGCCGCCGUCGCACCGAACAGGGCGGAUGCUGCGGAGAGGGACCCGGCGGAUUUACCAGCGCCGGCCCGUCGCACCGCUUUACGCCUACCCUGCCUGAAAGGCGUCUCCAGCCGGCGUCCGCUCCCCGGCGGGAGCUCCGAGGGGAGAGCAAAAGAGGGCGGCCGCGGCCGCCGCGUGACGGCCGGCUGCGGAGCGGGCCUCGGUGCGGGUUUCUGGAGGGGAGGAUGCUUGCAGGCUGAGCUGAUCCACUACCAUCUGCACAAGAGGCUGAGGAGGAGGAUGCAAACGAAAGCGGAGGACGCCAUGCAGGGGGGGUCGGAGACGGCCGCGGAGGCUCCAGAGGCGGGGUCCGUGACACAGCAGGACGAGGCCUACGAUGAGGAGAUGGAGCGGCUGCUGGAGGAAAACGAAGAUCUCAAGUGUGAGAUCGAGGAGAUGAGGACCGAGAUGGACGAGAUGCGAGACACUUUCUACGAGGAGGACACUUGUCAGCUGCAGGAGAUGAGGCGUGAGUUAGAAAGAGCCAAUAAAAACUGUCGGAUCCUGCAGUAUCGUCUGCGGAAGGCUGAGAGGAAGAGGCUGCGCUACGCCCAGACAGGGGAGAUCGAUGAGGAGCUGCUCAGGAGUCUGGAGCAGGACCUGAAGGUAGCAAAGGACGUGUCUGUCAGGCUGCACCACGAGCUGGAGAAAGUGGAAGAGAAGCGCACGAAAACCGAGGAGGAGAACGAGAAGCUGAGGCAGAAGCUCAUCGAGGUCGAAGUGACCAAGCAAGCUCUGCAGAAUGAACUCGACAAAACCAAAGAGUCUCAGAAGAGAAGAGGCAGCAAGGACAUCCAGAAGACCGAUAAGAAAGCAGCACAGACCCCGACUGAGGAGGACAACGAGGACCUGAAGUGCCAGCUUGCCUUCAUCAAAGAGGAGGCGGUGCUCAUGAGGAAGAAAACAGCCAAGAUCGACAAGGAGAAGGAUCGCCUGGAACAGGAACUACAGAAGUACCGCUCCUUCUACGGAGAGCUGGACAGCACCCACCCCAAAGGGGAGGCAGGGGGGCCGCCCACCACCCGCGAGUCAGAGCUGAAGCUGCGGCUCCGCCUGGUGGAGGAGGAGGCCAACAUCCUUGGGAGGAAGAUAGUUGAGUUGGAGGUUGAAAAUCGCGGCCUGAGGGCCGAGCUCGACGACCUCCGCGGCGAAGGAGAGGGCGCCGGGAGCUCCGUCGGCGGGGCGACGGGCGCGGCGGGCUCGGGGCGGGGUCUGGGCGACGACCUGACGGAGCUGCGGCAGCAGCUGCAGCUGGUGGAGGACGAGGCGGAGCUGCUGAGGAGGAACCUGGCCGACGCCGAAGAGCAGAACAAGAGGGUGACCACCGAACUGAACAAGCUCCGCUUCAAGGCGGGCACCCACGAAGGAGGCGCCCGGCACGGGGGAGGCGCAGCGGGAGGAGGGGGGCUGGACGGAGCAAAGGCAGAAGCCCUGCAGGAGGAGCUGAAAGCUGCAAGACUGCAGAUCAAUGAUCUGAGCGGCAAGGUGAUGCAGCUGCAGUACGAAAACCGCGUGCUGCUCUCCAACAUGCAGCGCUACGACCUGGCCUCCCACCUCUCCCUGCGGCCCAGCCCGCGGGACAGCGACGCCGAGAGCGACGCCGGCGGCGCCGCGAGCGGCCGCCGGGAGAGCGACGAGGACUCCACCUCCUCCCGCCUCCUCCCGCCCCACCGGAAGCGGGAGGGCCCCGUGGGCGGGGAGAGCGACUCGGACGAGGUGAGGAACACCAACGGCAGCAGCCGCUGCCUGACGCCCACCCGGGGGCUGUACACCCCCACGGGGCCCGAGGGCGCCGCCGCCAGCGCCUUGUCCCGCUUCCUGCCGGGCGGCCGGUGCAGCCUGCGCGACCGGCAGCAGAUGAUCGACAUCCGCGUGGAGGCGGAGAGACUGGUGCGCACCAUCGACAGGCUCAUCGCCGACACGGCCACCAUCAUCUCGGAGGCGAGGGUCUUCGUCUCGAACGGCGACCUGAUGUUCGGGAGGGGCGGGGAGGAGGGCGGCGAGGACGACGGGAGCAGGAUCAGAGAGCACGAGCUCCUGUACCGCAUAAACGCCCAGAUGAAGGCCUUUCGCAAAGAACUGCAGGCCUUCAUAGACAAACUGGAAGUGCCGAGGCUCGAGGACCGGGAGGCGGAGGAGCCGCUGUCGAUGUUCCAGCCCAUCAUUUUGCUCAUCCUCAUACUCGUGUUAUUCUCAUCCCUCUCUUACGCCACCAUCUUCAAACUAGUCUUCCUCUUUACCCUUUUCUUUGUUCUGUGAUGUAUGCCUCCCUUAAUUUGCAUCAUCCCCUGUUUUGUUUUUUUUGCCUGGUUGAUUUCUUUUCUUCAUCCCCGCAUUGUUUUGUUGCCAAGGUAACCAAAAAGCACAGAAAAA